GAAUAAACUGCAAUUCACAAGCUGAAGGAGCUGACAGGAUCGCAUUUCACUGGAGUUGUACCUUGUAUGAUUUCAUGUGACAAAUAAAUGAUUGAUUGAUUGCUGCAAGUACCCUUCUGCUGGUGAAGCACUCAGACACUGACUCCAACUACAGCUGCCAACCCUCUCCGCUGGUGCUGAGAAGAUCCUCUGUGUGAGCAUGGCUGUGGCACCCUGGGCAUUGGCACUUCCCCUGCCCCUGGUGCUCGCCCUGCUCAGCCUGGCACCGGCGCCCGCCUUAGGAGGCUGCCCGUCCGCUUGCCGGUGCUCUUUCGCCAUGCUGCAGUGCCUGGACCCCAAUGGUAUCGCCAGCAUCCCGGCACUGGUGUCGCAAGAGAGCGAGAAUGUGACGGAGAUUUACAUUGAAAACCAGGCAGCGCUGGAGAAUAUAACAGAAAUUGAUCUUCUUAACUACAGAGAGCUAAAGAACCUCACAGUCACAUCAUGUAAACUGAGGGUCAUCUCUGCCAAUGCCUUCCAAAACAACCUCAAGCUCCAGUAUGUGAACCUGGCAUCAAACUCUCUGGAGCACAUCUCCUGGAGGGUGUUUCAUUUUCUACCACUGCUCAACCUGGUUUUGAGGGACAACCCUCUCGUUUGCUCAUGUGACCUCCACUGGCUCCAGCAGUGGCAGCGGAAUGAACGCGGUGACCUGGACAACCAAAUGUUGUCCUGUUUCUCCGAUGAUCAAGAAGUACCCCUCAGUUCUUUGGUGAUAGAUAACUGCAGUCUGCCUGAGGUGACUAUCAUCGCCUCCAAAGAUUCAAAGAUUCAAGAAGGAGGCAACCUGACAUUUACCUGUCAAGUGACAGGAAGUCCCACUCCCAGUGUGAGAUGGCGAACUGAUGAGCUCUACUCUCGCGUCUUUACCGAGAAGAGAAUCUGGGGCUCCACAUUAGAGCUGGUCCUUUUCCUCACCAACGUUUCCUCCAACGACAACCUGCACAACCUCACCUGCGAGGCUGAGAACCAAGCUGGGCCCGGGGAGGAGAUGGUGCAAUUGGACAUUGAGUUCCCAGUCAAAAUCCUCUUCCUGAGGGACGCCGUGCAGCAGCACCACUGGUGUUUCCCCUUUGCUGUGGAUGGAAACCCUGAACCGAACAUCACCUGGCGGUACAAUGGCAACGAACUCAUAGAGGGCGUCUACAGAUACACCCAGCUCAUCCCCGAUUCGAGCGACGGAUCAGUGAAACACGGAUGUCUCUUCCUCAACAAGCCCACCCACAUCGACAACGGCUACUACACUCUGAUCGCACAGAACAGGCUGGGAAGGGACGAGGCCACAGCCACUGGGAAGUUUAUGGACAAUCCCUUCGACCCGCUCGAUCCUGAGGGGAUAAUUCCAGUUCCUGAUCCCAAUCCAAUUCCUACAAACAAAUCCGACAUGGACGUCACAGAGAAUGCAGAGAGUCCAGUGUUUGUGGUGUCUGUGGCUGUGGGUCUUGCUGUGUUUGCCUGCACUUUUCUCCUCAUCAUGGUUUUGGUUAUUAACAAGUGUGGCCAGCAUUCCAAGUUUGGGAUUCACCGCUCAUCAGUUUUGGGUACGGAGGAUGACCUCGCCGUGUCACUUCGUUUCAUGAACUUUGGGACCAGCCCGCCUUCCUCAGAUGAAGACUCUGGUUUAUCCAGCUUUGUAGAGAAUCCACAGUACUUCUGCGGCAUCAUCAAGGAGAAAGACAUGUGUGUCCAGCACAUUAAACGGCAGGACAUUGUGUUAAAGUGGGAGCUGGGCGAAGGAGCGUUUGGCAAGGUUUACCUGGCAGAGUGUGCCAACCUGAGCCCUGACAGCGACAAGAUGCUGGUCGCAAUCAAGACUCUAAAGGACGCCAAUGAGUCGACCCGGCAGGACUUCCAGAGGGAGGCGGAGCUGCUGACGGUGCUUCAACACCAGCACAUUGUGCGAUUCUACGGCGUCUGUACAGACGGAGAGCCGCUGGCCAUGGUGUUUGAAUACAUGAGGCACGGAGACCUCAACCGAUUUCUCAGAGCUCACGGCCCCGACGCUCGUAUCCUGGAGGAGUCGAAGAUGCUCCCGCUGGGUCAGCUCACUCUGCCUCAGAUGCUGCACAUCGCCGCCCAGAUCGCCUCGGGCAUGGUCUACCUGGCAUCGCUGCACUUCGUCCACCGUGACCUGGCGACCCGCAACUGUCUGGUGGGGGAAGGCCUGGUGGUCAAAAUCGGAGACUUCGGCAUGUCCCGAGACAUCUACAGCACAGAUUACUAUCGGGUGGGCGGACGUACGAUGCUGCCGAUCCGCUGGAUGCCUCCGGAGAGCAUCAUGUACAGGAAGUUCACCACAGAGAGUGACAUCUGGAGCUUUGGUGUGGUCCUCUGGGAGAUCUUCACCUACGGCAAACAGCCCUGGUACCAGCUGUCCAACAGUGAGGCCAUUGAAUGCAUCACGCAGGGACGAGAACUGGAAAGGCCACGCACCUGCCCCAAGGAGGUGUACCUGCUGAUGCAGGGCUGCUGGCAGAGAGAGCCCCAGCAGAGGAUGGUCAUCAAGGACAUCCACAGCCGCCUGCUGGCCCUGGUCAAGAACCCGCCGGUUUACCUGGACAUCCUGGGCUAAAGGGGCCGAGAACCAACCAGGGAGUGGAGGACAGAGGCUGGGGAGGUUGAGACCUAAAACAUUUAAUUCCAUUAUUCUAAUCAGGGGUAAUUACUUUUCACAGGUUCCUCUUGGUUUAAGAUGAAAAAUAUGUCCCAGUUUUCCCAGCUGCUGCUGCUUUCCCAGCCUCUACGCUUUGAUGGACAAACUGUCUGCAGUGACCUUCCAGCUUUGCCUCAUCCCGGCUCGACCCCGUCCCCUGUUUACUGCCCCGUCACUCUCUGGAAACCUGUCAAAUGUUUACCAAAGUGUUAAAUGUUUAUCUGAAGUGGAAUCAGACAGAUGGAGGGACAUGCAUGGAUAAGUGUUGAAGUAACUGUAUAUGGGCUUUACGUUGUUGAGGGUGCGAUCUCAGAUGAUGGUUUGUCGGGGGAUUUUGGCUCUGAAGUCCCUGCGAAGGUUUGAGAGCUGAGCUGUGGUGCAUUUAAUACGACUCGACAGCCGACACUUGUGUUGAAAGGCAAUUAGAAAAUGAAAUGAAUGAUUACAAAGGAGGGCACUUCACAUCAUGAGUCAAAAGUGGAAACCAAUUUUUCUGAUUUGGGUGAAGCAGUCAGUCACUUGUACAGUAUAGUCACUGAUUUUGGAUAAGUUUUGAUAUGGGAGGUUAUUCAAAGGCUUUCAGUAAAUGUAUAUAAGAUAUCAAAGUUGUACAAUCGAAACCUUGGAAAGCUUGUUUGUUUCUGAAGUGUCAAAUCCAGUGUAUCAUAUGAGUAUUUUUCAAAAUCAUGAACAAAAUGUCAUAUAA